AUGGCGACCACUCCCACUGCCGAACAGCACAACCGAGAGAAGAAGCUCCUACGCAAGCUCAUGAAGGCACGCAUCGCAUGCGGGAACAGUCUCGAAGAGCUGGAGACUCUCAACGGCUUGACGGAUGACUGGGAUGCCACCGAGGAGGUAUUGGAGAAUGCAGCUCUCGACAUCCACCUACAAUGCGAAUACGGCUGCAAAGAAUCCAGCGCGUUGCAUGACAUCCUCAGCGGCCUCCUGACUGGUCUCAACACACCAGGGUUAUGGACGGAAGUUGAAGUGCGCCAGGAGAAUGCCGUGGCAGCUGCGAAGGAGAUCAUCAAGGUCAUCGAUGGACUGCUCGUCGCUGGCCCGAAUCCGAGUUUGGGACUGAAGGAGAUGAAGCGCCGGGCACAACACAUCACGACCGAGCUGGAGGCGUUGGAGGAGACAUUUGCGGAAUUGGAGAGCGAAGUGCAGGCGUGCAUCGCUGACGCGCAGAAGCAUUCAACCAGCAACCCGUCAUCGUGA